AUGUCCAACAAAUUCUCCACGGCUGAGACAGGCAUCUUAUGGGACAUCGAAGGUUGCCCGAUCCCUAAUGGUCUCUGUCCUGGUUCGAUACGUAGGAAUAUCAAAUUAGCUCUUGAGAAUAUGGGUUAUCAUGGUGAAAUAUCAUCAAUCACUGUUUAUUAUGAUACGAAUCUAAACCCUGACGACUUCGAAUCCGUCGGAAUCAAGCUCGUACGCACAUCAGCAAUAGAUAGAUUUGCGAAAGGUAGAUGGAUUUUUCUGGACGUUUCUGAUUGGCGGGGGUCGCACAAACCAUCAAAUUUGAUGGUAAUUUUACGAGACUACAAUUAUUACGUUGUCAAGACUAUUUGCUCUACAGAUUCAUCAGAAGUCAAUAUUCUCUUAGGCUUGGCACAGCCUGAAAAGGCAUCAGAAGAACUACUUGGUAAGGCAAUUUCGGUAUGGCUUUGGACAAGCCUAUUAGGUGGAGGAAGCCCUAUCAAAGACCAAAGCGGAAGAAACUCACAACAACAACGUCUUGACGACAGUACUUCUGUUUCUGGUGGAAGCUCUACAACUCUGAACCAACAAUUGCAGAAACCGUCGUCAACACGAAAUCAGACUUUGGCCCAGAAGAAGAUACGGAAGCCUAAAGUCCGAACAGAGUCAAGGUCCAAUAAGAUGAUAUGGAAGCCCAAAGUCCAAGCAGGUUCAAGACCCAAUUAA